GCUUCCGGGCGUCACCGAGCCGGCCGGCCCUCCUCGGGGGCCUCGUCUCUUCUCCCAUUGGCCAGCCGCUCUCUCCCUGCGCUCCCCGCGCUGCUGAUUGGUGCGGAGGCUCCGUCGGUCACCUGCUCCGCUGUGGGAAUCUAGGUCGCCCAGGGAAGCGUUACUCGCGGCUCGGUUGGGAAGAGAUGGGCAGCUCUCAAAAAAAGCACAAACCAUUGAAGAAUGGAUACCAUUGCACAUGUUAAAAGCAUGUUGAAAGGAAAAUAAGAAAGACAGUAUGAAUCAGUCUAGAUCUAGGUCAGAUGGUGGUGGUGAGGAAACCUCAUUUCAAGACCAUCGUCAUCGUGAGAAUGAGAGAAUUUGGCAGCAAGAGCGUCUCCACAGAGAAGAAGCCUAUUAUCAGUUCAUUAAUGAACUCAGUGACGAAGAUUACCGGCUGAUGAGAGACCAUAAUCUUUUAGGCACCCCUGGAGAAAUAACAUCCGAAGAACUGCAACGGCGGUUAGAUGGAGUCAAGGAGCAACUCGCGUCUCAGCCUGACUUGAGAAAUGUGACAAACCCCAGAGACUCAGAAGUCCCUCGGGAAGGCCCCCAUGAAGAUUCUCUGCUGGAGUGGCUGAACACCUUCCGUCGCACGGGAAAUGCAGUUCGAAGUGGACAGCACGGGAACCAGACUUGGAGAGCCGUGAGUCGGACAAACCCAAGCAGUGGAGAGUUUCGGUUUAGUCUGGAAAUCCACAUAAAUCAUGAGAACAGAGGAUUUGAAAUUCAUGGGGAAGAUUAUACAGGCAUUCCACUUUCGGAUAUCAACAGAGAUCAGACGACAACGAGGCAGCAAAGGUCAAGUAGCCCUGUGGCCAGGCGGACCAGAAGCCAGACCUCAGUGAAUUUUGGUGGCAGCAGUUCCAACACCUCCAGGACUAGGCUAGGCUCAAGGGGGCGCAAUUCAGUAGCAGGAUCUUUCUCAGCAUCGGAAAGAUCAAGAAGUGGAACCGGGGGAGCAGGGGGCGUUCCUAGAACUAGUGCUCCCCGCGCCGAUUUCAGUGGUCACACACACCAGUCGGGUGGCGGUGACCUCAGGCGCAGGGAGGGCCAGCGAUUCGGAGCAGCACACGUGUGGGAAAAUGGGGCUAGAACUAACGUCACGGUGAGGAAUACAAACCAAAGAUUAGAGCCAAUCCGGCUGCGGUCUACGUCCGGUAGCCGAAGCCGGUCGCCGCUCCAGAGACCAAGUGCCACCACCGUCUACCGUAAUUCCCAGAGGGAAGGCAGACCUGCUCAGCCAGCCGUGCGCAGGUCUGUGAGGAGAGGUCCAGCUCGUGUCAUUUUAGAACAAGAUAGAGCACGCAGAGGUGCAGCAUACGCCCCGUUCCCCAACUCCAGACUGGUGUCCAGAAUAACAGUAGAAGAAGGGGAAGAAUCCAGCAGGUCCUCGAAUGCUGCGCGACAUCCAACAAUCACACUGGACCUGCAAGUGAGAAGGAUUCGUCCUGGAGAAAACAGGGAUCGGGACAGCAUCGCGAACAGAACUCGCUCCCGGGUGGGGCUGGCGGAGAACACCGUCACCAUCCAAAGCAACAGCGGGGGCUUCCGCCGCACCAUCUCUCACUUGGAGCGGUCGGGGAUUCGAACCUACGUCAGCACCAUCACCGUUCCUCUUCGCAGGAUAUCUGAGAACGAGCUCGUGGAACCCUCGUCCGUGGCCCUUCGGUCGAUUUUAAGGCAGAUCAUGACCGGAUUUGGAGAGCUGAGUUCCCUAAUGGAGGCCGAAUCCGAGUCGGAGGUUCAGAGAAACGGCCAGCAUUUGCCAGAGAUGCACUCAGAACGGGGGAACCUGGGUGCAGGCGGUGACAUCGGCCAGCACCGUGAAGGUUCCUCCCAGGGCAGGUGGGCCCAAGAAGACAGCACUGAGCGGGGCGGUGAACACGAGGCCGCCCAGCCUCACCCCCGAAACGGCGGCAGGCCGUCGCGAAAUUCCAGUAACCUCGUAGAGACUGGAACGCUCCCCAUUCUCCGCCUUGCUCACUUCUUUUUGCUAAAUGAAGGCGAUGACGAGGAUCACGUACGUGGUUUAACCAAAGAGCAGAUCGACAAUCUGUCCACCCGCAACUACGAGCACGACGCGGCUGACGGCGACCUCGGUAAGAUCUGCAGCGUCUGCAUCAGCGACUACGUGGCCGGAAACAAGCUCAGGCGCUUACCCUGCAUGCACGAGUUUCACAUCCACUGCAUUGACCGGUGGCUCUCCGAGAACUGCACGUGUCCCGUCUGUCGGCAGCCUGUCUUAGGGUCCGGCGGAGCGCCCGACGGGUAAAAUGAUGGGAUCUGUGCAAACGUCGCAUCUUAGGAGAGCUGAGUCUUCAGGCGUUCUUUCGUGGAGUUGCUGGCGAUGAGCUAAGCAGAAUGAAAAAAGAACAGAUUAUUAUAGUUGGAACUAUUUUUUGUGUGCUAUUUUUAACUUGUUAAAAAGAGAGAAAUUUAUGUGAGAUUUAAAAUGCAGGUGUUAAAUUAUCCAAAAGUACAGAAUAGUUAAUAUUGCUAGAACCAAAUAACCCUUAAGAUGUUUUUAUUUUGGUAAUUUGUCAUGCUAAGCACUUUUGUAUACACUGCACAGCUCAGUAGGUUAAAAAUCAAUCUUCCUUUUCUUAAUAGUACACCUGACUUGCCUUGGAAUUUCAAAUUCCAGAGGCUCAGUACUAUGUCCAGACAUUGGUGUCUAAGCCAGCCUUUCAUUAACUCUCUCUUUUAAGGACAGUAUCUUCUCAUGAAAGAGUGGCUGACUGUUUGCGAAAUGUAUUUAAGUUACUUGAAAUGUUAAAUUUAAUAUGCAACAUACCAUAUAUGUAUAUAUAGAUAUAUAGUUUUAAGGUUAACAAAUUCCGUCUAAAAACUACCAGUUGGGUUCUUAUUUAAGCUUUUAGGCUAAUACUGCAUAAGGCACAAUGUUUAAUAUUUACAGGAUCAUCUCUGGGAGGAAGUGCAUUAAGAUAAUUUAAAAAUAGAGGUAAUUUACUGAAGCGUCUCUGACAAUCUGACUUACUAGACAAUAAGCAAUAUAUAAUAUUGAACAAGUAUUUCUUUAUUCAGAAAUGGAACAUGGACAUUUUAGAACAUACAGGUUACUUAACUUGAGUUCAACUUUUUUGUGACUUUUUUGAAAGUGCAAACAAUUCUUUGGAUUAUAUUAAGUAAAAUACACGAUAUGCAUGGAUUCUGAGAUUUAAUUUUAAAGUCUAAAAAAAUAUCUAUAAAGAAUCAAAUGCAUAGGUAGUAUGUUAAGUUCACUGGGAGGCCAAAAACUCCAAAUAAAAUGAAACAAAAUACACUUAAAAGAAUGUAGAAUUUAUACGAACAUGAAAUAUGCAUUGAAGAUCUAUUUCUACCAAUAAAUAUUAAAACAAA